AUGGACGCCACACGCGGCGUAGCGGAGACGCUGACGGCGGCAUUGCGCGCUCUCUGUCACCCUGACGAGGCGCACGCGGUGUGGCGCUCGCAGCUCUUCGCCGGCAUCCCCGAGGACCUCGUGCCUCCGUUUCGGCCGUUUAUGACGAACAGCCACGACGGUGUACGCGAGAUGGUGCAGGAGUACAACCGGUGUUCGCAACCGCGACACGCGGCCGACACUCGGAGGGCCCCCGUGCUGGACGGCGCCGACGUGACGCGCCUGUACACGCACAUCCCGCACGGCGAUGACGACGUGAACGGGCGGGGCCUGAUCAACCGGGUCUGUCACUACAUCUCCUUGGUGCACUCCGUCAACCACCCUGGCGAGAGGCUGUACCUGCACCUGCGCCGCGGCCUGGACGAUCCUGCCUGGUCGUGGCUGCCGCACGACGCGAACCCGGAGGAGGCGUGGGCCGAAGACGACCCCCGGCGCAACUUCUACGUGCCGGGACUCCCCCUUCUGCACGAGCUCGUUCGCUUCCUCGUGACGAACUCGCACGUGUACUUCGGGGUCGAGAUGGUCUACCGGCAGCGCGCUGGGGUCCCCAUGGGCCUCUCGUGCUCGCCAUACUUCGCCGACGUCUACAUGUUCAUGUGCGAGCUCGACUUUCUCCUGCAGUUCCGCAACCGCUGGGAGGAGUCGGGCGACCUCGCAUGGCUCUCCGUGCUGUCGAGGUUCCGCUUCGUGCGGCGCUACAUGGACGACAACCUCUCGGUGGGCAACCCAUGGUACCGGUAUUUCAUUUCCAACCCCCGCCCCCCACUCCCCCCCGACACCCCCCCCUCCAUCUCCCACGCCCUCCCCUCCCUACGCAACAUCUACCCGCCCUGCCUCUCCCUCGUGCUGGACCGCCCGUCGGACCCCCUCGACGGCGUGACCUUUCUUGACCUGCGUGUGCGCCCGCACCCGCACUACCCCGCGUACCUGCUAGUGUCGCACUACGACAAGCGGUCCGACUUCCCCUCCCUCGACGUGAUCCAGUACCCGCAUAUCACCAGCGCCUUGAUGCGCAAACACCUUUACAACAUCAUUUACACGGAACACAUCCGUAUCGCCUCACAGGUGACCGACCGCGAUAGCUACGUUCACGCUCUGGCCGCCAAGAUCCGCUACAUGAUACACGAACGCGGGUAUGACAGAACGCGCCUAUAUCGCCAGCACCGGACUGCAUGCUUGAAACACGCUGUCCCACACUUUGCGCCCGCCACGCCAGAAGGUGUUCACGACCUCGUUGUCCGCGAAGUUGCGCGCCUUGACGCGGCCCGCGCACCCGCGAACCACGCGUACCCCGUCGACCGCACCCGACACGCGCCGUCGUACCACGCCCCCGCGCUGGCAGCGUGGCUUUCAGCGAUCUCCCCGUGA